UCUCCAUGGCAACAAGUACAUGGUGGUGGUGACAGAUGGCCACCCGCUGGACGGCUAUAAGGAGCCGUGUGGCGGGGUGGCAUACACUGUGUCUGAGGCCAGAGCCAUGAACAUUAACAUCUUCAGCGUGGCUAUACUCCACAUCACCUGGACAACAGACUUGGUUCCAUAGCAACAGAUCUACAACACACCCAUAACAUGUCUGCUACUAGUGAGGACCUGCAGGUUGUUAGGAACACCAUCAGCUCCAUAGUGUCUACCAUGUACAAGGAUUCUGAAUCUGUGUGCUGUUCGUUCGAGUGCAAGGUUCCCCUGGGAUCUCAAGGCCCUGCUGGUGCAGGAGGGGGCGCGGGAACUCCAGGACGUCAGGGGGUUGCCGGGAGACCGGGAAGUUUGGGAGCAAAGGGGACUGCAGGUGACCAGGGGCCCCAAGGACACAGAGGAGAGAAGGGUGACCGUGGUCCUACUGGUGACAGAGGUCCAAGAGGACCAUCUGGACAAAAGGGUGAGAAAGGAGCGGAUGGAGUGGACCCGGGAAGGAUGGCCUUGUGGGGGACUCUGGGGUCAUGGGCCUGCCUGGUUGUAGAGGAGACGAGGGGGCAGAGGGGGAGCCAGGUCCUCUGGGGCAGAAAGGAGAUGAAGGAUCUUAUGGAUUACCUGGACAAAAGGGAGAGAUGGGAACACCUGGGGAGCCAGGGGUUCCUGGAGUGUCUGGAGCCAACGGAGCCAAGGGGGAGCCUGGACCAAUCGGAGGACCUGGAAAUAAGGGUGACCAAGGAGACCAAGGGGACUUUGGACCGUCUGGAGCGCCAGGCACAGAGGUUUGGAACUCAGCUAGUUCUAGAAUCAAUACAUCACCCGGACCAGGACGAACACUGUCCACAUAAUCUGACACAGGAAGACACAUAUCUUACUAGAUCACUGAACAUCAGGGUACCCCAACUGAUGGCGCAUGGGCCGAAUUUGGCCCGGGGGUGGCAGGGUAGCCUAGUGGUAUGAGCAUUGGAUUAGUAACCGAAAGGUUGCAAGUUCAAACCCCCGAGCUGACAAGGUGUUGUUCUGUCGUUCUGCCCCUGAACAGGCCGUUAACCCACUGUUCCUAGACCAGUUAACCCACUGUUCCUAGGCCCUCAUUGAAAAUAAGAAUUUGUUCUUAACUGACUUGCCUAGUUAAAUUAAGGUAAAAUAAAAAUAUAAAUAUUUGACCCCCCAAGUUUUCUAAAAAAUAAGUGACAUCUUAUUAUUUUUUAUUGUUGGACAACAGGAAAUCAGCUCCAAGGGAAUUUAAGAAAUCUGUUCCCAAGUAUUCACACACAUAAUAGAGAGAAACGUGAUUGAAUACAAAUGUAAGCAGGGCUUCUUGAGGUCAAUUUGCUUUCUAUUUGUAACUAUGCUCCGGUCCACCCGACAAUCUGCUCAAGAAAUCUAGUUGGUGAUCCCUGCUCUACAUUGACUAAAUGGCUGAAUUAAAUAGUUGUAUCACUGUAAAAGAAAACACAUUAGUAUAUAAUGAAUCAAAAAAAUUGGUUUAGCUUUUGUAAACCCUUUAUUUGAUGUUUACAUUAUGGUAAAACGGCCUUGUUGACCGAUGGGAAGUUGCUGUUUAGCUGAACAAUGCUGUUCACAUCCAAGCUGGUGACCUCUCUCUCUCUGUAACGACGUGUGCUGAGAGUCAGGAAACAAGUUCAGGGAGUUUGUGUUUUAAUAAAUAAAUACAAUGAAAUACAAAACAAGAACCACAAACAGCACACAGAUAUGAAACAGAAACAAUGAUGCCCGGGGAAGGAACCAAAGGGACUGACAUAUAUAUAGGGCAGGUAAUACAGGAAGUGAUGGAGUCCAGAUGAGUCUGACGAUGCGCAGGUGCGCGUAAUGGUGACAGGUGUGCGCCUUAACGAGCAGCCUGAUGACCUAGAGGCCGGAGAGGGAGCACACAUGAC